AUGUCUAGAACUUGCACUUCUUCCGCUGCACAUCCAAUAACGCUUUUUCAACUCACGGUACAUUUUCCAUUUUUUGCUUCAUUAAUACGCGCAGACAAAAUGGUCCGAAAAGAUCCUAUCUUCGAGGCACGCACAAAUGUCAAGCUACACUCCAACCGCCUCAAGAAAGAAGCCGCUCGAGCCGAUGCCACCUUUAAAUCCGAAAAAGCCAAGGCCGACAAGGCUAUGAAAAACCGCGAAUUCCAAAUCGCCCGCAUCCACGCCGCCUCGGCUGUCCGCGAGAAACGGCGACAAGUCACCCUCCGCGCCGAGGCCGCCCGAGCAGACGUGAUCAUCAACGAAUUGAAAGCCGCCCAGAGCACCCGGGACACAUCACGGACACUGGCACUAGCCUCGCGGGGUCUGGACGCUGCUUCCAAGAGCGUCAACCUGGAGCAUCUCGUCUCGCAUGCGAACAACUUUCUGGCUCGUUCGGAGGACUUCAAGAUCGCGAGUAGCGCGAUCGAGGACGUGGCGCAGGGUGUCUCGAUGCAGGAGUAUGGUGCCGAGGGCGAGACUGAGGUUGAUCGGAUGAUGGAGCAGUUGGCGGAUGAUGCGGGCGUUGAUAUGCGGAUGGCUUUGGAUGCGGAUGCGGCUCCUAAGGAGGAUGUUAAGGAGCAGAAGCAGGCUGAUACGGAGUUGGAGGAUGGGCUGGGUGCGAGGUUACGGGCGCUUCGGGCGGCGAAUUGA